GAUAAAGUUUAGAAUUAACUAUAAAUAUAGGAAGACCGUUGAUAGAUUCAUUAGAGGAAAAAAAAGGCCAAAUAUGCGAACACUGAUUGUUUUGGCACUAGUCGCGGCUGCUUUUGCGGCGGAACUGCCAGUUGAUGCCAAUGGAUCAUCCGCGGUCGCCCCUACUGGUCAAAGGAUCGUCGGCGGUACGUUGACCGACAUCAGCCAAUGGCCUGAGAUGGCCUCCCUGCUGUUCUCCUGGGGAACCACUGGUCACUCACAUUCUUGUGGAGGUACCAUCCUGAACCAGAGGUCAAUUUUGUCAGCUGCUCAUUGCUUCGUUGGUCACGCGCCAGCAAGAUGGCAGGUCCGCCUGGGAUCCUCCUUCGCAAGCAGCGGAGGAGUUGUGUUCACCACCUCGCAGUUGAUCAACCACCCGCAGUACAACACCCCCGCUCGCUACGACAACGACGUCGCCAUUUUGCGUGUCUCUGGUACCAUCGUCUACAACAACAACAUUCGCGCAGGCAGCAUCGCUGGUGCAAACUAUAACUUGGCUGACAAUCAAGUUGUGUGGGCUACUGGUUGGGGACACACUGUUUCCGGCGGCGGCAUCAAUUCAGAGCAACUGCGUCAAGUCCAAAUCUGGUCAGUCAACCAAGCGAUUUGCAGAACCCGCUACGCUACAAGAGGGUGGAACGUCACCGACAACAUGUUGUGCUCCGGCUGGUUGGACGUUGGUGGUCGUGACCAGUGUCAGAACGACUCCGGUGGCCCUCUCUUCCACAAUAGAAUCGUUGUUGGCGUCUGCUCUUGGGGUAUCGGAUGCGGCGACCCCUACUUCCCUGGUGUUAACGCUCGCGUGUCUCGCUACACUGCUUGGAUUCAAGCUAACGCAUAAUAUUCAUUGAUUUGCAUUAAAUAAAUACGUUUAAAUAAAA